GCCAGAGGGGGCGUGGCUUUUCGUCAUCGGCAAGCGGAAGCGGAAGCGUCGCCAUCUUCUUGUACCCAUUGGAGCUGCUGCGGGGCUCUCCAUGCCGCGCUGCCUCCGCUGACGCGUCGCUGGGGGGGAGUGCAUGUUUUGUCUCCCUAAACCUUUGGUUCCGGGACCCAAUGUCGUCGUGGCGAGAUAAGGAUAGAGUGAGACAGAACACUCCGUGAACGAGUGGAGCCAGACAAAGACGAAAUCUCAGCAACCUCCCCACCACUCUAUUUCAACAGAACUAGACGGCCAGCCGGUUGCCAUGUCGACCUCAUCGCUUCGGCGACAAGUGAAGAAUAUUGUUCAUAACUACUCUGAAGCGGAGAUCAAGGUAAGGGAAGCGACAUCUAAUGACCCCUGGGGCCCAUCCAGUUCUCUCAUGUCCGAAAUUGCGGACUUGACCUACAAUGUGGUGGCCUUCUCAGAGAUCAUGAGCAUGGUCUGGAAACGCCUCAAUGAUCACGGAAAAAACUGGAGGCAUGUCUAUAAGGCCAUGACCCUUAUGGAGUACUUGAUAAAAACAGGCUCUGAGCGUGUUGCCCAGCAGUGCCGGGAGAAUAUCUACGCAGUCCAGACACUCAAGGACUUCCAGUACAUUGACAGAGAUGGCAAGGACCAGGGAGUGAAUGUGAGGGAAAAGGCCAAGCAGCUGGUGACGCUGCUGAAAGAUGAGGAAAGACUGCGCGAAGAGAGGAUUCACGCGCUCAAGACCAAAGAGAAGAUGGCACAGACCAGUAGUGCCUCCUCAGCUCCCUCAGUUCCAGGUCUGGGAGGGGGUGGGGGAGGGGGUGGCGGAGGAGGUCUUUCGUCCUUGGGCUCUCACACCCAGGGGUCUGGGGGCGGAGCUGACGCUGAGCAGGCGUGGCCACAGAGCUCAGGGGAAGAAGACUUACAGCUGCAGUUGGCUUUGGCUAUGAGCAAAGAGGAAGCUGAGCAGUCUAGCCUUGCCCCGUUGGAGGAUGCUGAGCUCCGAUGGGCUCUCUCGCUCAGCAAGGAGAUACACGAAAAGGAGGAGCGUCUACGUAGAGGCGAUGACCUGAGACUGCAGAUGGCCAUUGAGGAGAGCAAGAGGGAGAAGCCUAAAACAGAGGAGGGCUCUCUAAUGGAACUGAGUGCUGUCGACCCUUGGGGUGUGCCAGCUGCUCCUCCAACAGUUGCAUCUGCAGGUCCCUCCCCACCCCCGAAUGCCACUUCUGCCUCCGGCCCAUGGGGCCCCUCAGACCCCUGGGGUGGAUCUUCCCCUGCUUCACCACCAAGCACUGACCCAUGGGGUGGAAGCGGGACCGCAGCAGUCCCCUCAUCUGACCCGUGGGGAGAUUCCUCAAAGACAAACUCAGACCCCUGGGGCACUACAGCUGUGACUCCACCCAGCUCGGAUCCCUGGGGAGCCAGUGUGGCCCCGGUCUCGUCCUCUGGAGCAAGUGACCCCUGGGGAGGAGAUGGAGGGACUGUAGCCACUGAGUCUUUGACCUCUGACCCAUGGGGAGCUCCAGCCAAACACACUACUAACGGGACAGGAGAUCCUGAUGUUAAAGGGUCCACAGGAGUCAGUGGGGAUGGGGGAGGAAGUACAGGAUCUCCUGUGCCCUUUGACCUCUCAUCCUUGGGCUCCUCUCUUCCUGUGAGAAAAACACCGGAAUCAUUUCUUGGUCCAAAUGCAGCACUAGUGGACCUGGACUCUCUGGUCUCAUCCAAGCCCAAGCCCAAACAAGCUCCUCCUCCUUCCAUGUCUGCCCCAUCUUCACACAACCCUUUCCUACAGACACAGGGUGCCUCUUCAGCCCCAAGUAUGGCCAUUACCCCAGGUAGUACCAUCUCCAGCCGGGGUGUUUCUCCCACUCCUCCGCCUACGUCCAACCCGUUCGGCUCAACUCCGAUGGCGUCCAUCUCACCUCAGACAUCCUCACUAGGCCUCAGUCAGCUUCGCACCAGCCCGGUGCCACCCAAUCCCAUGCUGGGCACCCCCCAUGCCCAGAUUCCCCCUCCAACUCUGGGAAUGGUCCAGCCUGGCAUGCAGAUGCCUGGCCUGGGAGUUCAGAUGACACCACCACAGAUGGGUCUCGGGAUGGUGCAGUCCAGUCCCAUGGGCAUUCCCUAUGGUGGGAUCUCCCCCAUGGCUCCACCAGGAGCCACCAUCCUCAUGGGUCCAGGAGUGCCGGGGCAGCCUCAGUUGAUUUUGGGUGGGGGAACAGGUGGAGGCGGUGUGAUGGGAGCCAGUGGAGCGGUAGGCGGGGGAACAACCACAGGAGCAAGCACUAACCCUUUCCUUCUUUGAGAAACUUCUCAUCUCUAUCCUCAUUAACACAAUGUAUGUGUCUGAAUAAAAUGCGUGUACAACUCUAUAUUUAAAAAAAAAAAAAAAAAUGUGGAAAACGGAAUCAAUUUUCUUGUUUUCUGAAAAGCAUUUCAAUUAUUUUGUUUAUGGUUUCUCUUCCAGAGUGGAAUAUAUAGGGAGGGACAGAUUUAUUUAUUUGUUGUUUUAUUAAUGUGUUUCACAGUCCUUUUCAGUUGAAGAGUGAAGGACAGAGGAGAGAGGACUAGCUCAUUAAAGUCACUAUUGAAAAUUAUUACUGCACUGGAAACAGGGAGGGUAUGGAAGACAGUUUAGCUUUGCCAAUAACAAACUGAUUUCGUUAAAACUCCCAUCCUUCUCGCUCUCUCUCUCUCUCUCUCGCUACCCCACUAGAUGAAUGACUGAGCAGUGUAUGUGAGAAGACGGCUGGUUCAAAACAUAAUGACUGAAAACUCAUAUUAAUGCAAAUCUGGUCAAAUUGCAAGAGUAGCCGUUUUCUUUUUAAUCUAAUUUAUUUUUUAUCAUUUUUGACUCCUGGGAACAAACAAACUAGAAGUAUUCAACUGUUCAUUAAAUGCUGAAUUUCUUUUGCUGAGAUUUGAAACAGUGAUUCAAACAUUCAGUAGGCUGGUGAGGGGAAAAAUGGAAAUCAAUUUGUGCGUGUGUGCGUGCGUGUGUGUUGGGGUGGGUGAGCAUGCCUGCCUGCGUGAGUGUGUUUUAUCUGUGACCAGGCCUGUUUCCAUUCUCCCUUGGUCUUACUUGAUCACAGUUGAAGGUUGCAGUUGGAAGACACAUGAAAUGUAUUACUUUUCUAUUCUUUGGUCACUUUUUUCCAAUGCUCAUCAAUUUUGGAAUUAAAAUGAGAUAUUAAAAGGGUCUUUGUUUCAGAUGAAUUUUUAAUUUUUUUUUGGUUCAAUGAAAGCUUUAGUUUCUCUUUGUCAUUUUUCCUACCUGUUUGUCUGUUUAGUCUCAUCACUGGUCCCCAUCUCCAACAGUAAAUGUACAACAGAGGUAGGGAAAACUGAAGACAAAGAAACUGAUGCUUUAAAAAAUCCGACCAAAUAAAAUACUAU